AUGCUCGGAAGUAGAUUAGAGGAACUAGCCUAUGGGAAUUUUAAUUCUAAAAGAGAAAAGAAGAACAAGAGUCUAGAAAAUCAAGGAAGUGAGGCAGAUGUGGAGGCAGCCAUAGUGCACAGCCGAAAUGGCAUGAUCUUGAAGCUCCACUUCCACAAGGAUUGGCAGCAGCGAGUGGAUACUUGGUUCAACCAGCUGGCAAGCAAGAUCCGCAGACUCAAGGCUCUGCAAGAGAAAGCACUCGGCAUGGCCCCUUGUCCUGCAUCGGGUCCCAUCAGGCCCAUCGUGAGGUGCCCUACAGUUAGCUACCACACCAAGGUCCGAGCUGGCGGGGGCUUCAGCCUGGAGGAACUUAGGGUGGCUGGUAUCCACAAGAAAAUGGCUCGCACCAUCGGCAUCUCUGCGGACCCAAGGAGGCGAAACAAAUCCACGGAAUCACUGCAGGCCACCGUGCAGCGCCUGAAGGAGUACUGCUCCAAGCUCAUCCUCUUCCCCAGGAAGCCUUCUGCUCCAAAGAAGGGAGACGGUUCUGCCGAAGAUCUCAAAUUGGCCACCCAGCUGACAGGACCCGUGAUGCCCAUCCGGAAUGUGUACAAAAAGGAAAAGGCCAGAGUCAUAACGGAAGAAGAGAAGAACUUCAAGGCUUUUGUCAGUCUCCUCCUGUCCCGUGCCAAUGCCUGGCUCCUCUUUGGCAUACGAGCAAAAAAGGUGAAGGGAGCCGCAGAGCAAGACGUUGAGAAGAAAAAGUAA